GGGUAAAGCGGGUGGAGGGGAGCUGGGGCGGGGGAGGAGGUGCGCGCCGCGGAAGUCUCCCCCACCCCCACCCCGCCCCCGAUCACGUCCCUUCCCCCCGCCCUCCUCCCUCCGUGACGCCACCUCCCGUCUCCAGGUAACGUGGGGGGUUAAACAACGCGGCCGGAAGGCAGCCGCUGCCUGCCGGGCCUUCUCUUCUGCGACCGUUGAUUUUCAGACAUUGAGCGCCAUGCCCUUGCCUCUGCUGCCGGGCAACAGCUUCAACCGCAACGUAGGGAAGGAGAAGUUUCACAAAUCCCAACAUUGGGGCUUUUGCAACAAUGUUAUGAUGUUGGUGAGUGAGGAAAAACCUGGAAUAGGUGGAGAACCACUUCUGGGACAAAAGAUAAAGCCAAAAUGUACCAUAUAUCCUCAAGGAGAUGGAAGCAAUGUACCAUCAUGGGUAGCUUUUGAUAAACAGGUAUUAUCUUUUGAUGCCUAUUUGGAAGAGGAAGUACCUGAUAAAAGCCAAACCAACUACAGAAUAAGAUACUAUAAAAUCUACUACUAUCCUGAAGAUGACACAAUUCAAGUCAAUGAACCAGAGGUGAAAAAUAGUGGAUUGCCUCAAGGGACUUCUAUCCAGCGUCAUCGGAUUACUCUCCCGCCUCCUGAUGAGGAUCAGUUUUAUACCGUGUAUCAUUUUAAUGUCGGCACAGAGGUUGUCUUCUAUGGCAGGAUAUUCAAGAUUUAUGACUGUGAUACAUUCACAAGAAACUUUUUGAGGAAAUUAGGAGUCAAAGUGAAUCCACCAGUACAACGUCCGGAAGAUCCUUACAUUAAGAUUCGGAGAGAGAUUCUAGAUCAUGUAGAGCCCCUACGUCCCUACGAAUCCUUGGACACCCGGAAAAAGUUCCUCCAGUAUCAUGGCAAGAUUUUGCGUUUCUUCUGCCUGUGGGAUGACUCGGUCUCAAUGCUUGGAGACCGUCGAGAACUCAUCCUGCAUUACUACUUGUGUGAUGAUACUAUUGAAAUCAAAGAACUGCUUCCAGACAACUCAGGCCGAGAUCUUAACAAAAUGUUUCUCCGGAGGAGUAAGCUACCCAAGAAUGGCCCCACUAGAGUCUAUCAACCAGGCCAGAUAACAGAUCGAGCAGUUCUCAAUUUGUAUGGUAACUUAAAAAGGAACCAAGAGGAUGGCUACCUGUUGGAUAGAUAUAAGCUAGGAAAAGUAGACCAAGAGUUUUACAAAGACUGUGACCUGUCCCUAGGAGUCACCAUCAAUGUGUGGGGAAGAAAAGUGCUCCUUUAUGACUGUGAUGAAUUUACAAAGUCUUAUUAUAAGUCUAAAUAUGGAAUUGAGAACUUUACCUCAGUUUCAUGCAAGCCUCCUUCUCCUCCUCCAAAAAUAGAAAGGAAAUUUCCACCUUAUAAUGGUUUCGGUUCUGAAGAGGAUUCUCUCCUUAACUGCAUAGACCUCAAGCCCACACCUCAUCAGAAGAACUUCAAGAAGUUUAUGGAAAAACACAGCUAUGGCUCAGAAAACAGUAUACUCCGGUUUUUGGCAAAACUAGACACAGAAAAAUACGCUGACUUGGACAGGAUAUUUGUUAUUUCAUAUUAUCUCGCUGAUGGCACCAUUUCAGUGUUCGAACCUACAGAGAAUAAUUCAGGACUUACUGGUGGAAUGUUCUUGAAAAGAAGUCGCGUUAAGAAGCCUGGACAACGAGUCUUUAAAAGAGAACUGCCUGAAUAUUUAAAGGCCGAGGAGUUCUACAUUGGAAUCACAGUGAAUGUGAAUGGUUACCUGUUUCGUUUGCUCAAUGCUGAUGAGUAUACGUUAAAAUACAUGGAGCAGAAUGUAGAUAAGUAUCCUUUCAGUGACUUAGAACGUAGCCUGCAAAAGGUGAAGCAAGAAGAAUCAAGAUCCAGAGAGCUCAAGCAGGUAUUUAGAGCUGCUGACUGUAAGCACACAAAGAUGGUGGAUUAUAAUACAUUCAGAGACAUAGUAAUGACUUUCACUCAUGGAAACCUCUCAGAGCAAGAGUCUCUAACCAUUGCACGUCACUAUCGUGUGCCUGAGGAAACACGUCCAGAUGGGGAUUUCUUACUUGCACUGGCGCAGGAAAAGUUCAAGAAAAAUUUUUUUGAGAAUUUUGACCGUCUCAUUUAUGCCUGUGGGUAUGAAGAUAGAGAAAAAAAAAAUGUAUUACCCACCAAAGACAUUAAAAGGCUGUGCAAAUCCUUCAGAUUACCUUUGACUAAUGAUCUUCUAGAAUCCUUAUUAUCAAGGUUUGAAAACAGUGAAAAACAAAUAGAUUAUAAAUCAUUUUUCUCUACCCUGGACUGGAGAAAGAAUCCAAUGCCUGAAUUGCAAGCACAAGAAUACCUUAAAGAGAGAUGUGAGGAUGUUUGGCUUGGGAUGUCAUCACCUAUUCCUGCAAAAAACAUUGACUACUUAACCUUUUUGAAGGAUACGUUUGGCUUAGAGGAGGAAUAACCAUGCCAGUUUUGGUCAAUUCUUUUUGAUUUACUUCUCUAAUUUUGCCACAUUUACUUUAGUAGAUAUAAUUUCAUUAAAAACAAAAAGAAACAAGGUUAUAUUGAAUGGGAAUCCGUAAACCACAAUGAAUCUUAUUUUGUCAUGUUAGAUUUUCAGGACACCAUAUUAUAUUGCUGAUGUACUAGUACUAUUUAAAAUGCCAUUUUGAAACAUGUUGAGUAUUUUUAUUAUAUGUAUGAUUUAUUAAUACCAAAAAUCUUCUGAUAGUUUCUCAUCAAACAUAAUUUGAUUCAUGACUAUAUGAAUGGAAAGUGAAUUUUGAUGGUUAUACAUGACAAUAUAAAAUGAAAUUAUAUCACAGAAAUAAGUUGUGAUUCUAUUAAACAUUUCUGAAAUCUU